GCUCUUCCGGGUGUUUUCUUCCUACUCCGUGGUUGACGGUGGACGCAAAGUUUACGCUGAUUUCUUGGAAGUUUUCAGCCUUAAUUUCGCCAAAAUGAAUCGUAUAUUUGGCACCGGAAAGCCUAAAGGCCCCCCACCGAACCUCACAGACUGUAUAGGAACGGUUGAUUCACGGGCAGAGUCCGUGGACAAAAAGAUUGCCAGACUAGAUGCUGAACUUAUGAAAUACAAGGAUCAGAUGAAGAAAAUGAGAGACGGGCCUUCGAAGAACAUGGUGAAGCAAAAGGCCAUGAGAAUCCUGAAGCAGAAGAGAAUGUAUGAAGGCCAGAGAGACAAUCUCAUGCAGCAGUCAUUCAACAUGGAACAAGCAAACUACACAAUCCAGUCCCUCAAAGACACUAAAACCACAGUUGAUGCCAUGAAAGUGGGUCUGAAAGACAUGAAGAAAGCAUACAAGAACGUGAAGAUUGAUAAGAUCGAGAACAUACAAGACCAACUAGAGGACAUGAUGGAGGAUGCCAAUGAGAUCCAGGAGGCUAUGAGCAGAAGCUAUGGCACUCCUGAUGUUGAUGAAGCUGACCUGGAAGCAGAACUGGAUGCACUGGGAGACGAGCUCCUGUUGGACGACGACAGCUCCUACCUGGACGAGGCUUCAACAGCUCCCUCCAUUCCAGAGGGUAUGCCUGGCGAGAAGUCCAACAGGGAUGGUGUUCUGGUGGACGAGUUUGGCCUUCCUCAGAUCCCUGCUACAUAAAGCUGCCAUCAGCACACUUGUGCUCAUUUUACAUGUUUCAUUGCCUUUUUUCUAUUUAUCCAACUGACACUCCCAGCCUUAAAGUAAAGCAUUUAAACCAAAGCAUAUUCAUAUGAAUGAUAAAAACAAGAACUGAUAAUCUGAAGUCUUUAAUUAGAGUGAGCCUAUGUAUAUCUGAGGUGACCGUGGGAAUCGGGUUUUUCUUAACUUUGUACAGUCUCUGCAGCGCUGAGUUGCCAAGAACAAAUAAAUUAUAUUUUUCAAACAGUA